AUGAAUGUGGUAGAUUCAGCAGUGGAACUUUUACGGCCAGUCAUUACAGCAGCAGAUAACGUCUCUUUGUGCAAAACUCUAGGGCUGGAAGAGGUUAAAGAGGCUCUAUGGUCCAUUCCUAGUGAUAGUAGCCUGGGUCUUGAUGGGUUUAGUGCCAAUUUUUUUGUUCAUGCUUGGGACAUCAUUCAAGAUUAUCUAUUGGAAGUGGCAAAAGAAUUUUUUGGGGGAAGGCCAUUGACUAUGGCUCUAGGUGCUACUAACAUUGUCCUCAUUCCUAAGGUGGAAGCCCCUAGCAAUUUCGCUCAGUUUAGACCCAUCAGUUUGUGUUCAGUGAUUUGUAAGGUGUUGUCAAAGAUUAUGGUCACUAGAUUAGCUUCCCUACUUGAGGGGAUCAUUUCACUGGAACAAGCGGCUUUUGUUCGUGGGAGAAGCAUCUUUGAUAAUAUCUCUAUAGCACAGGAGAUGGUGCAUGAUUUACACAAAAAUGUGAGAGGUGGUAAUAUAUUGAUGAUACUUGAUAUGGCAAAAGCUUAUGACAGGGUUAAUUGGUGGUUCUUAUUGCUUGUUUUAAAGAAAGUGGGUUUUUCAAAGGAAUGGAGGAAUCUCAUUUUCAACUGUAUUUCGUCGCCAUUUUUUUCCAUCAUGCUUAAUGGAAUGACUAGGGGUUUUUUCAAACCAUCUCGUGGGUUGAGACAAGGUGACCCAUUAUCACCUUAUCUCUUUAUUUUAACACAGAAAAUGCUCUCAAGGUUGAUUAAUCGAGAUGUUGGUAAUGGAAGAGUGAUACCUUUUCAUACAAAAGGCAUGGUGGUUCACCAUUUAGCAUAUGCAGAUGAUUUACUGCUAUUCUUAAAUGGUGGUAAAAAAAUCGAUGAGCAAAGUGAUGGAAACUAUAAGAGUGUACGAGUCUUCAUCAGGGCAGUUGUGAGCAAGGAGAAAUCAACUUUGAUUUUUUCGAAGCAUAUUACAAACUUUAGAAGAAAGAGUUUAUUGGCUCUUACGGGGUUCAGAGAAGGAGGUUUGCCAUGUACAUAUCUGGGACUUCCUCUUUAUACAGGACAGCUGACUGCUCAUUUGUUUGAUCCUGGACUUUCGGGUUCUAGAAAAAAAAGAGAUGGAAUCCCACGGGAUACAAGAGGACCUAAGAUGGGUGUGCCGCUUGGUCACCGGUUAGUUCGGAACUCCUUUCGGUGCAUUCAAGAUGGUGAUGCUAGUUUUUGGUUUGAUCACUGGGUUGGAGAGCAACCUAUUGCUGAUUUGGUAUUGAGGGUGAUGGAACCAAGUCUAAAAGUUAAGGAUCUGUUGCAUACCUCAGGUUGGGAUUAUCCUCGCCUAUGUGAACUGGUUGGAGAGAAGUUGGCUAAUGAAAUUUGGAUGUCUAGGAUUCAAUUGUGUGAGGGGAAAGAUUAUUAUGUGUGGCAACCAAGUACGGAUGGGAAGUUUUCUACGAAGUCAGCUUGGGAACUCAUUAGGCAAAGGGAGAAUUCCUACCCAUGGAAAAAUGGUUGUGGCAUUGUAUGGUUCCCCAAAAAAAUGUCAUUAGGCAAAGGUGACAUCGCUUUGAGAGUAUUGAAGUAUUUUGCUUCUCAUCUUAAUUUAUGUUUACCACAUGUGGUCUCUUGGAAGGGCAUGAUGCAAGUUUGGUGGUCUCAUUCCUCAACUUCGACACAGCUUGGGAUAUUACGGGGUUUCACCCCUAUCAUAAUCUCUUGGGAUCUAUGGAAAGUGUGA